AUGAUCCUUCCUUGCGCUUUCAACGGUAAAGUGUUGCUGGCCAAGUUGGCUCGCGAUUCUCAUUACACAAAAGUGAACACCGACACCACCACUUCGCUCCUCCGAGCUUCUCGCUCCAAGCUUGCUUCCUCUACCUCGGCUUCUGUUUCUAGAACCUUCUCUCGCUCUGUUCCUCGUGGAUCACCCGGCUCCUCCCCCGCCGUGCGCUCCUUCGGCUCCGCCGUUCCGCGAUGGAGCCACGGCGUUGAUUGGCGUUCCCCGCUCGGCCUCCGCCCGCAGAUCAGAGCCGUUGCUCCCCUCAUCGAACGCUUUCACCGCAGGAUCGCCACUAGUGGUACUUUACUGCUCUCUCCCGCCAUAUUGGAGCUCUGUUCCUUUUUAUCUGCUUCGCUUAGCUGA